CUUGGAUCGUCCGAAAGACAUGCUGGACAUUUUACGUUUUCUGCGAGUUCAUAUUUCUUCGAAUUCUUGAUUUGCUGGGUUUGUUCUUCAACAUCCUGGCAUGUCUGACCAUCAUUCGACUGCCGUGUAUGAUAAGACAAUUUCCAAUCAUGGAGACCAUGGUUGAGUGGCGUUCAGUUGGUUUUGUUCACUGCCUGAUAUUUCUAAUGGACAUUCCAAUCAUUUUCAUGGCUUUUGGUGUCUUGGCUUUUUCUCUGGGAAUUGUAUAUUUUCCAAUGAAACGAGAGAUUGAAGAAAAGAGUAUUAAGUGUGAUUACACGUACAAAAACGACAACGGUAUAUAUUUUGGAGGAUUCAAACUGAGAAAAUUAGUAGUUCGUUAUUUUUUCAUGCAUUUGACAGGAAUGUUAUGUAUUCCAAUGCUCGUGUUUACAUUAUUGUCUUGGCGGUCUGUGAUUCUUGUACGGAAACUUCAAUUACACAACUAUUUCCAUUGGAAGUGGCGUAAGGUGAUUCUUUUGCAGUUUCUUCAGUUGUUCGUUGACAUCCCUUGCGUAUUCGUCGCGUUUUUUGUCGUUAUAAGUUGGAGGUUACCAUUCUACAUUCGUGGCGUGAAAGAAGUAAGACAAGAUCAUGGUUGGAGUACAUGGCGGUUUGUGGCUUUUCAGCAUUUCUUGCUUUUGUUUGUUGAUUUGUUUUGUUUCCUGUUGUUCAUCCUUACAAUGCUUACAUGGCGUUUUCCACUUCUCAUCAACGAGCUUCGAAGUGAUUCCUGUACUAACCAAUGGGAAGCCAGAACUAUUGUAGUUAAACAAUUCUUACUAAUCUUUGUCGACAUACCAUGUAUUCUUUGCUUUCUUGUUGUCUUGGUAACUGUAUGGCGACUACCACGAUUUGUAAAGAACUUGAAGAAGGACGAGUGGGAGAUCCGACAGAAUUGUGUGUACCAGGCCGCAAUGAUGGUGGUGGACUUUGUUUGUUUUCUCAUCUUUGGGAUAGUUUUAUUGACUUUAUGGAGGCUGUAUCCACUAAUCAGGGACAUUAAAAAAUACAAGAAACGAGUCACCUAUAAUCCAGAUGCCGCAGAAGCGGGGACUUCUGUUCCUGAAAGUUCAUACCAUGUUCCAGAAUUAAACGUUGUAUCACGUAGAUCUUCGUGGAAAAUCAGAAAAGCAAUUUGCAAACAUUUCCUAUUUUUGUUGAUUGAUAUACCAGCAAUUUUAAUUUCAACGUUUGUAUUGGUCACAAUGUUUAGGUUACCGUCCCUCGUGUCAAAGCUUAUUCAGUCUGGUGAUUUUUACGCCGAGUUCGCUAUGAUUGUUUUUAUGGAAGUUGUCCAACUUCUUGUUGACAUAGUGUUCGUGUUUUUCUUUAUUCUUCUCAUGAUACUACGUCCAGUUGCAUCUUGGGUACAUUUACUUGAGGACGAGGAGCAUCUGCAAUAUCGCCACAUUUGUUUUCAUAUCAAAUGGAUUCCCCAUUUGAUCAAAGAAAUUAAAGAAAAGUUGCCCGUGGCGUUGGACGAGGAGUUCUCGAUGUGUUUGAAAGAUAGAGUCCAUAUCGUGCAAGCUCGUACACGUAUGUCCCAGCUAUGUCAGCCGUAUUUACAGCAAUGGAAAUUAUUGCAUGGCAAAGUGUUGGAAAACGAUGGUUACCCUGAUCUUGCACAUUUGAUCGCCACAGUAAUGUGGUACGAAGGACGCAGACCAUAUAAAAUGAUCCGCCUUUAUGCCUGUGAACUUUCAUAUCUUGAAAAACCAGUACCAAGUGUUCAUGAUGAAAAUAUUGCCAAGUGCCAGCGGGAAAUGGCGGAGUACGAAGAAAAGCUAACCUCAGUUUACAACAAGCUUGAAAAAUAUGCUCCUCCCAAAGUACCAUUAUGGAGUAAUAGAAACGGCCUUUUUACAAGAAGUCGUCGAGAAACUCAGCAGGUGUUGUUACGUUUGCCUGGUGGUAACUUUAUAUAUUUUAUUUUACUACUGAUUAACUUACUCUUUAUGUAUCGUGGUCCAAAACUUGUUGUGAAUCUCUACCGUCGCUGGUAUGACCGUCGUUCUAUUAUAUUACGUUCACUUAAAGAAUACCUUUUAGAUGGCUUGACAUUUCUGAGAAUUUUGAUCGUUCUGAUAUUUGUUUAUCGAGCGCCUGCUCUCAUUCUUGACAUGACAAUCGAUAUAUUUCAAAAACACAGUUGGACAGCAGUUAGGGCAACUGCCAAACGGUAUCCAGUUAUGAUAAUUGAAGAUAUAGUAGGCGUUAUCUCUACGAUAUUGGACUGGCGUACCGUACGUUAUCUUUUUACCGCCGUGCUCUUUGGUAUUUUAAUUCCUGCUGACGUGCUGUUAACGGUAUUCAAGCUUUCAUUUGAUAAAUGCACGGCAUAUUUACUCUCAGGUGUAUUGUUUCUCAUCUACAUGGGAUUUCCUUUUGCAUUUGCCUUCCAUUUUGGAGAAGUACUCUUGAACGACGGUUUUGGGAUCAGCAUACCUUACAUUAUUGGAGCAUAUGGUCUUUCAUUUGUAGUCGUCCUCAUAUUUUUGAUAUCAAUAUUACUCCGAAACAGAGGAACUAAAUUUUCUGUAGCACCAGAACCGUAUGACUAUGUUCGUUUGAAUUGGGAGAACGUACAUGUAGUUGUGUUCGAGAUUGUUGAAGUAUUGCAGUUGAUAGCUCUGGUUUUCAGCCUGGAUGGAAUACCAAUGGCUGGUAGUGAAGUUCUUAAUGAAUAUUCUAACUACCUACUUUUUAAUUUUGCGUCAUUUGAAGUCAAACUUUCCCUAACUGUCGCGGGAUUUUUUGUAUGGUUCGUCGUAUGCGGUGCACCAAUUAUACUGGAGAAUAUCCUAGAGGAAUUUAAUGAAGGAAAGUGUGCUUCAAAUGCCGGAUGGAGAUUAGUCAUGUCUCUGUUUUCCAAUACUUUAUUUCUCUCAAUUAUUGAAGGACUUAGUGGUCUGGCCGCAUGCGAGUACUCGGACAAUAUUUGCAACAAUAAUGGUACCAACACCACAUGUUAUACUUCUUCUCUUCUCGACGAACCAGAUACAAUGUGUUGGGUUGGAAAACAUCGUGGUAUAGCACUAUUUGGUCUCUGGGGAUUAUUUUGGUAUACAACGACCUCCAUCAUAUAUGGUACUGAGUGUGGUGAAGUAGAUAGUCCUAAUGUAGACAUCAAAUUCUCUCCUGUGUACAACACCGUGAUUAAUUUCCUCAAAGCUCUCAUGAUUGGCGCAGUCGUGUUAAUCUCGGCAGAAAUUUACGCCGUUUUGGGUUUUCUCCUCUUUCUGACUUUAGUUGCAGUAUUCUUUACAAUUUUCUUCAAGCGGAUGUUUGGAUACAUGUGGUGUAACUCUGUGGUAGUGAGUUACUUCCGUGUUGCGUCAUUUGUUAUCCUCGGGUUCACCGUUUUAACGGCAUUCAUCGCUAAACAUUUGGAUGACAGCGGAUCGUUUAUACCUUUAGAAGUGUUUCUUUCAACGAGUUUUGGAACAUUGCUUGUCGCUUUCAUUGCAUCACUGUUUCGGAAAAAGCAAACUGCUACAGAAAAACAGCGCAAACAAUUUCGGGAAUAUAUUUUGACGCUUGAGAAACGUUUAACAAAAGGAAAAUUGAUGUUGGCUUCUUGGAAAAGCAAACGAAAACAGUGGCGAAGGCUUGUUCGACAUGUUUACCAAGCUCAAAAAUAUGAUCGAAAUGUUUCUCCUGAAGUCUGGCAAGGAUUAGAGCUGUCGGAAAGAACGGAUGGUUAUACCACACCUCAGAUCGGUCCACCACCCGGCCCUCCACCUGGUCCUCCACCUGGUCCUCCACAUGGUCCUCCACCUGAUUCUCCACCUGGUCCUCCACCGGACUUUGGUGCACAACACCCUAACCCUUCUUCACAAAACGUGCCAACCACAACACCUGGUGAUUUUACUGCACCUCCUCCCGCUGGCCCACCACAACAUUCUAACCCUUCCUCACAUCUUGUCUUGCCAAGCAUCACCACUACAAACAGUGCUUCACCUCCAACUGAAAGCAUAUCUAUAAUGCCUGAGCACUAUGAAGGCACGUAUGACUUAAACGAGUUCUUAGACAGCGGAGCAGAAAAUUAUUACCACCAGAACCAAGUGGAUGAUGAAACUAAAGAUGAUGCUGCCACGAUGCGUCAUUUGCAAUGUAAUGGUAAAAAUUUACUUUUGUUUCUGGAACGAUUUAUUCAUUUCAGUGCAUUCUCCUUCUCGUUUGUUGCUCAAAUACCAUUUUGGCGUCAAGCGGUCAGUGGCAGUAACUGGACAGGUUUAUUACACUGUGUUCAGGUGUUGGACAAAGCUCUGACAGGAAACUACAACGAACCUACGGGACUAGAUGUCUCGCUGGGUAAUCAGAACAUGUUACCGGGUGCUCUGGAUCCUGAUCCGGAUAACGGAAUGCCACCAUCUUUUACUCCUGAACCACGUGAUCCUGAAAGUAUCAAGCGCAUGUCUGAUGCUGAAAGAGAAAGAGCGUUACAAGAUAUUCGACGACUGUGUCCUCUAGAACCUACCUGGUUAGCAGUUUUUGAUAAAGUGCUGCCUACAAUCCCUGUCAUUCGCAAAUGGAAUCUUGAGGAACAUUCUAACAGUUUUGAACUCGUUUUACGACGAUCGUGCCAGGCUACAGUUGUCGAAGUUGGUCCCAAGGGAAUUAAACUUGCAAAAGGAGCAGUUAUUGUUCUUCCUAAACGCCUCAAAGGUGUCCUUUUUGAUCAUCACUUGACAUUUGAGAAACACUGUGAACCAGUGGGAAAGAAAGGUCCUGUGUCUGCUGCUGUUUCUGACAUUGAAAUUCUCAAGAUUGGAGAGAAAGUUUACUUUUGUUCUAAUGGUAAAAAGAUCAACGCUGAGAAAGCAAUUGAUUCUCUGAAAUCAAUUAAGUGGAAUUAGAACAAUUCUCGUAUUUUAUCGAAGCGAUCACUCAAAACAAUGGCUCUUGCCUGUGUCGAUGAUUUUGUGAAUUGAUAUAUAAAUAGUGUGCUAGUCUGUGAAAAUAGUGGAUAUGGGUCACAUGAUUCGUGAUUGGUAAAUAUAUAAUUCGUGAUUGGUAAAUAGAUAAUAUUAUUUAGUACAACGCCAAUAUUACGCUUUCCUUGAUAAUAUUUGCAAUUUCUUUUUAGUGUGAUUUGUCGCGUAUUUAUAUUUAUAAACCUACCACACCCAUUUUCUAUUGUUCUCGGUCGGUUUUGGUUUCCGACUAAAGACCAGGUUCUGAAGGUUGGGCUGAAAUUAAAAUGUAAGACCCGGUAUGGGUCUUACAUUUAAAUGUAUAAUGAGCCCGGUAACGGGCAUUAGUCUUGAAUUCGGGACUUGCAUUUGCAACAAAACUCAAGCCCCACAUCACCUUUUCGACCAGAAAACGCUGCACGUCUCUGAGUCGAGAAAAGAGACAACAGCCGUGUACCCCAGAGCCCGUCAAACUCUACCAUUAGGUAAGAGUUCUAUCAUUCGGCGCACGAGGACUAGUUGAAUCAACCGUCAAACUUGCUUGUGCAGGGAAUUUAUACAGUAAUAUCUGCUCUUUCGCUUGUGGGGCGUGAAAUGAUAUACUGAGCAUGCUUAAACACAUUAAAGCGUAUGUAUAAUGCGCAUGUUACACUUUAUUUCGUCCCACAACCACAACCUCUCGAGGACAAUAGAAAAUGGGUGUGAUAGGUAAAUAAACAACAUAAAAACCUCAUGGUCAGUCUUUCAUUGAAAUUCAAGACCCCGGCGCUGCGCCUCAGUCUUGAAUUUCAACGAAAGAUCUCCCAUUCGGUUUUUAUCCUAUAUAAUAACUUGUGCCUUCAUCAGGGCGAUAACAGGGUGACAUAAAAACGAUAUCGUCACUGGGGCAAUGAUUAUUUUUAAAAUAAAUUCCGGCCCUGAUAAAGGCACAAGUAUAUGAUAAACUGGUCAUCAUAGUCGGGUUGAGGUAAUAUCAGUUUUAUCGCUUUCAGAACGAUAUCAUAAAUUUAACAAUGGGUCCGACCUAGGAUGAAUCCAGAAUGACGCGCAUUUUCUGUCAGCUUCUUACAAGUACUAUACUGAUUGUAAUUAACCAACUACUACAAGUAGUUAAAAGACGGUGAGAAAUUCUGUCAUAUAAUUCAUACAUAUAAUUCUUAUAGUCAUGGUCAUGGACAUAGUACAUUUUUAGAGGUAGUAGCUGUAUACAGUUGCGUAGCCGGCCCGACGAUCUAGUCCCGCUAUGCAAAUAUUGCCAUGUCUAUAAGUCUUAAGGCUAGUUUCCACUCAGGAAAAUUAUCCGUGGAUUGGAACGCACAAGAAAAUUGUUCUUUGUCUUGUGAGCUCUGGGUUGGAACUAAUCAUGACUUUAACACAAAGAAAAAUUUUCUUGUCCGUUCCAAUCCACGGAUGAUUUUCCUGAGUGGAAACUAGCCUUUAAACCAUCAACACAAUAAAUUUCUAAAGACAUGAAUAAUGAUGAUUUGAAAUUUGCAUAGCGUGACUAAAUCGUUGUGCUGGCUACGCCAGUGGCUAUAUGUAUAAUCAAAAAGACAAUAUAAGUAUGUAAUUACGCUAUAUUUUUGUUUUGUAAUAAUAAGGCACUCAAUGCUCUUUCCACUCAUCGCAAAAACAACUUGCAUCUAAUUAAAAUAAAUUGUCGAGUUGGUUUUUGCGAUGAGUGGAAAAGGGCAUUUAAGCAUACACGAGGGACAGCAACGCGUAAUAGUUUUAGGCUUUUUUUGAAUGUCGAAUUUCGUAUAAUUCUACUGUAUUGGUCGACUUACAUUUUUGCAUUAUGCACAUGCAAAAUUCGAUGUUUGAAACAAUUUCCACGUCUUUAGUUAUGGUCGACCCUAAAUUCGAACUUCUUGUCUUUUCCCACCACCCUCGCUUUCUUCAUGAUCACAAUCACCAAGUCACUUUAAUUAAUCAUUGCACCUGCCUCGUCCCUUGUCUCUUCAGUUUCGAAUAGAGAUGAAAUGUGAAGCUCAAAUUAAUCGCGACCGCGCGUACCGCGUGCGGAUGAGGGACUGUGGAAGAGUAAAUCAUUGCACAAUUUAGGGACGGACCAUUAGAAAAGUGAUGGGGGGGGGGGAUUUUCUAAGAGGCAAUAUAUUUUUUUUUGUACACCUAUAGAAGAAAUAUAUUUUUUUCUCACUUGAUGGUUGGAAAUAUUUUUUUU